CCACCAUAGUAAAUUAGAUAUGUGGAUGGAUGGGUUUGGCUCAGAUUCGCGCACGAGCUUCACACUGCAGGCUUUUCACUCGUUUAGGGCCUCUACGAGCAGAGAUUGUGCAAUUCUUGUACUUCAGAAGCCGUUUGUAUCAUUUGCUGUGUAUGAAUAGCGGGUUCUGCUAAGAGAUAUAGUGCAUUCAACAGUUAUAUCGCAACGUUUAGCGAUUGCCGUAUCGAUUUUUCCACCUGAAAACAAACCGGGAAACCAUUUACACUUGCCGUACCCGUAAAGAAUCAUGUUUACAGACAAGAUUCCUGAGGGAAUACGCGUAUUUGAUGCGUUUCCAAAGGUCGCCAAAACGUAUCGGAAACAACGAUCAUCACAAGGCGGUCUUCUUUCCAUCAUUCUUGCCAUUUGUAUUACAUGCAUUUCCAUCAUGGAAUUCUUCUUUUACUUCCAAGGCACGCGAGAACAGCAGUUCUUCGUAUAUGAAACUAUUUCGGAACAUAUGAACAUCAACUUGGAUAUGACUAUUGCCAUGCCAUGCAAGUUUCUCCAAGUCGAUGUGCUUGACCAAACAAUGGAUCACGUUUUUGCUACAGAAGUCUUCACAAAGCAAGAAACGACCGUGGAGGACAUGCGUCAUGAACCAUUGCCCGUCACUUCAACAGGCUCGUUCGACGCUGCCGACUUGCGUCGUACCCGCCGAAAGAAGUUCAACAAGAAAAGCAAAACACUCCCUGACGGCGGUUCUGCUUGUCGUUUUUACGGUGCUGUCACAGUUCAUCGCACACAAGGUCUUCUGCACAUUACAGCACCUGGCUGGGGUUAUGGAAUGAGUAACAUCCCGCUGAACGCUCUCAACUUUACCCAUGCUAUCGACGAACUGUCCUUCGGCGACUACUAUCCUUCACUUGUCAAUGCUUUAGACGGCUCCUACGGAUUUACGGACGAGCAUGCGUUUGCUUUUCAGUACUACACUUCAAUUAUUCCAACCACGUAUACCUCCACCUUCAGAAAUGUCCAAACCAACCAGUACGCCGUCACCGAAAACUCCGUCCGCAGACAAACGGGAUUCCGGAGCGAUCCACCUGGCAUCUUUAUUUCCUACGACAUUGAGCCUCUAGGAAUCCACAUCCGCGAAACGUAUCCCAGUCUGGGAAACACGAUUCUCCGAAUUCUUGCCAUUUCAGGCGGCCUUGUCACAGUCACGACGUGGGUUGAACGUUUCUAUGCCAAACGCAACCACACUCCUUCGCCGGGUCUGUUAGACAAGGACGAAGAUGAUUAAGCACAUAAAAAUCCGAAAAGAUUGUUCACACCCACACAUGAGAGGUAGACUGCAUUUGGGAGACGCAGAUGAGAGAAAAUGAAUGAAAACUAUGGAACUGAAACCUUGGCCAAAAACCUAGUCUAUGCCGUUUCGCCCGCCUGUACGUUCUCGGCAGACUGUUUUUCCUUUAAACGACGGGCCUUGCGGUUGCUGCCUAUACCAAGACCACUGAUGCCGUUGUUUAAACCCUCCAAAAGCGUGCAAGCCUUGCACACGUCAUUGCUGGAGAUGAAGCCACAACGAACGCACUUCUUCUGCUCAGGAAGUUGUUUUUGCACGGUGGUCGACAGUUUCAUUGCUUCACCCGAAUAUAUGAUGUCGAGGAUGGAGCUAGGACGGAGCCGUUCAAGCUGUUUGAUGAGUGCCCGAGCGGUGCCUCGGAACGCUUCUGGCGAGUAUGUGCACUCGGUGGAAAAGUAAUCCAGCUUUUUGUAGUGUGCGUAGAGCACAAUCUCCUUCUCGUACGUAUAUUUGAAUGGCUUGGACCGUUUGGUAGGCGAAGUUUCCGACAUGGUCGUGAUCUCCGUGCUCCGAGGCAGACGAGCGAUGUCUCCACGAAGCAAGUUCAUGAGCACCGUUUCGGCAAUAUCGUCUGCAUUGUGUCCAGUGAGAAUGUGCUUAAUUCCGAGCGACAAAGCGGCGCGAUCAAGUGCUUGGCGUCGAAAGACACCACAGUAUGUACAGUUAUUCUUAGCGCCAAUUUUGCUUACGAUUCGGUCCAUUGUCCAACCAUCGUACAGUUCUUCAUAACUGACAAUGGUCAUCGGGAGUUCGUACUGUUGCUGGUUACGCUUUACGGUGGCCAGUGAAUCAUCACGAUAACCACGAAUGCCCUCGUCAACACUAAUCAAAUGUAACUUCAAGCCGUAGUCGUAUCGCUCAUUGAGUAGUUUCAUUACAUACGCCAACACCGUACUGUCUUUAC